AUGGAUAGAAAUAACUUGGCUUUUGACCCUGAUGCUAUAAUGGAUCAACUGGCUGACUCGGAUUUGGGCGAGGACUUUGACGACGAUAAUGAUUGGCAUCCACCUGGUCAGCUAACUAAUUCUAGCUCGGAUAACGAAGACGAGCAAGAAGCAAGAAAUUCAACAGUAGCAAGUCCAUCAUCGUCGAAUAAAUGGAUUCGCAGACGAUUCGUCGGUAAACCCAUGCCUACACUGAUCUCGGAGCCGACGGAAGAAGUACUUACUCCAAGUGAAUACUUUGAUAGGUACUUUACUGAAGAAAUUUACGAGUUAUUUGCUUUUAACACGAAUGUUUAUUAUCAGUCGAGUUUUAACAAACAACUUAAUCCUCCGGUUACUGCGACAGAAAUUAAAAAGUUUUUUGGUAUUAAUGGAAUCCUGGGCUGCAUUAGAUAUCCUAGAAUCAAGAUGGUGUGGAUGCAACGAUUUAGACUGUCUUGUAUUGCAGAGGCAAUGGCUCGUGAAAGAUUCUUUCUUCUCAGAGUAAACUUACACAUAGUAGAUAAGAGAUCUGUAUCACCUGAAAUACAAACUCAGAACAAACUGUGGCUUGUCCAGCCACUGAUAGAUGCUGUAAGGGGCAGAUGCUUACAGAUACCUAGAGAUCAAUCUCACUUUUCAAUAGAUGAACAAAUGGUGCCAUUCCUCGGUAAGUGUCCUGUCAGACAAUUUGUGAAAGGCAAACCGAGACCAGUGGGCCUUAAAAAUUAUGUCGUGACAUCAUCGAAAGGAUUAGUGUUAGAUUUUGAGCUCCAUCAAGGCGACACCACUCCACUUUCAGACAGAUCUUUGGGCCUUGGACCCGCUAUAGUUUUACGUUUCAUAAAUACCCUGCCCAGAGGAAGUUUCGUCUAUUUUGAUAGAUAUUUUACGACCAUUCCAUUACUUGAGAAGAUGUUAACGCUUGGAAUUGAAGGCACUGGAACAAUAAUAACCAAUAGAUUUAAAGGAUACCAGUUUCCCAAAGACUCUUCAAUGAAUCGGGGUGAUUAUCACGAGGUUGUUAACAUUAAAAAAGAUAUCUGUGUCAUUAAAUGGAAAGACUCCAAAACAGUAUUAACUUGUUCAACUGCUAUUGGAGCCCUGCCAUUGCAUAAGGUCCAGCGUUACGAUAAAGUUACAAAAUCAUACAUCGAAGUAACUUGCCCUGAUAUGAUUAAAAAUUACAACGAACAUAUGGGAGGUGUAGACGUCAGCGACCAAAUGAUGGAGGUCUACAGAUCAUGGCAUAAAACUCGCAAAUGGCCAAUCAAGUUAAUAAUGCAUUUGUUUGACUUGGCCAUGGUGAACUCGUGGUAA